UUUCAUUCUGCUUCAAUGUAUGGGGCUAUGUUACAGAGAGUAGGAGGAGAUUGUGAGCAAACUGCUGUUCCCUAUAACAGCAUGAAGGACUCUGAUUGUCAAUUAAGGGUGGACAGGAAAGGUAACGAGGGAAUUGAAGUUCCUAGUUGUGAAGAAAACUGUAGUUUAGUAAAUGAUGAAAAAUGUAGUAAGAGUAAAAGUGAUGACUUUGUGUAUCCUGAGACAAGCAAAGCAGAAGUUAUACAGAGCAGUUUUAAUAAUCUUCCUUGUACUAGUGGCCUAUGUAAAGGUGCUGCUACAGAAAGCAAUAAAAGUUGUGUGAAUGAAAAUACAGUAAAUUCUCCAGAUACUGUUCAGGAAGUUCAAAAUUCAUGCAAAGCCAUGCCAAGAAACACUCAAGAAAACCGACCAUUGCUAAAUGGUGGGGAAGUUGAUCCAGAUCCAGAAUUAUGCAGGUCACAGUCCUCUCAGGGUCAUGCAGAUGGUGAUGAUGAGGAGAAUGAAGACCUUGAUUUAGGGCUUACUGCCUCUGGUCAUCAUAUCGACGAUGCACCCCAUCAACAAACAACGAACUGUGAAACUUUAAUACAUCUAAUUAAGGGCAACAUAGGAACUGGUAUUUUGGCAAUGCCUGAUGGUUUGAAAAAUUCAGGUCUCUACACUGGUACCGCUCUUUUGCCCGUAAUUGCAGCAAUUUGCAUUCAUUGUAUGCAUUCACUGGUAAGGUGUGCUCAUGAGUUGAAAGAGAGACUAGGAAUCUCAAGCCUUGACUACGCUGAAGUUGGCUAUAAUGCUUUUGAUACAGGUCCAACUCCUCUGCAGAGACUGGCACCAGUUGCUCGAUCUACAAUUAAUGCAUUUCUUACCAUAACACAACUUGGAUUUUGUUGUGUUUAUGUUGUGUUCAUUUCUGCAAAUGUUAAGCAGGUUGUAGACUGUAAAUUACCAGGAAAUGAAAUUGAUAUUCAUGGAUAUAUGGCAAUCCUGAUCAUACCUCUGUUAGGUAUAUCAAUGAUACGGUCUCUAAAGGUGCUGGCUCCAUUUUCUCUUAUAAGUAAUGUAUUCAUUGGUCUUGGAAUUGCGAUCACAUUUCACUACCUCUUGCAAGAUAUACCAUCUUCAUAUGAUCGUCCUGAAUUUAAAUCUUGGGAGCAGAUGCCUCUCUUUUUGGGUACUGCAAUUUAUGCUUUUGAAGGCAUUGGAGUGGUCCUGCCUCUAGAAAGAAAGAUGACGACACCAGAAGAAUUUCGGGGAUGGAAUGGAGUUCUUAAUACUGCCAUGAUCCUUGUGACAUGUGGUUACAUUGCAGUAGGAUUUUUUGGAUACCUAAAAUAUGGUGAUGCUGUGAAGGGGUCAAUUACCUUGAAUCUUCCACCUAGUGACAACCUUGCUCAGUUGGUAAAAAUACUGAUGGCAGUUGCCAUAUUCUUGACAUACUCUCUGAUGCUUUAUGUCCCAGCUGAAAUCAUGUGGCCACAUUUACGAUCAAGGUUUCAUUCAUCAAAGGCGAAAAGAAUAGGAGAGUAUGCCUUUAGAGCCGUCCUAGUCUUAAUUACAUUCAUCCUUGCUGCUGCCAUUCCAAACAUUGGGUUGUUCAUCUCUCUUGUGGGGGCUGUCGCAUCCUCAACUCUUGCCAUUAUUUUUCCUCCCAUCAUUGAAAUGGUUACAUUUUGGCCAAGGUUAUCAAGCUUCACACUCCUGAAGUGCAUCUGUAUUUUGUUAUUUGGAAUUUUUAGCUUUGUAACAGGCACAUAUGCAAGUGUAACUGCAAUAAUUACUUAUUUCCAAGAUGCAGAUCAACCCCAGCCUGAAUUUAUAUGUUGAUCACAGAUAGUUUUUUGUUAGGAAAUUUUGGAAAAAUUGUUUUUGAAUGUACUUUGCUUGAUGGAAGAAAAGUUCAACAUUUUAUAGGGAGCGGCUCAUACUGCAUGUACCUCUUGUAGUUGAUUUGACAAUAAAAUGCAUUCAGUAAAAGUUAACUCUUGUAGAGUCUGAACUAUAUUUUUAUAUUUCUAAACAUUUGUUUGCUGUUGUAUUUUAUACCAUAUCUUCCAUUUUAUAAAUACGUAAUUCAUAGUAGAGUUGUAUCUUCAUGUUAGACUCAGGACAUGGUAUAUUCUGUUAGGGCAUACCAUUAAGGGGAUACCAUGUGGGAAUUUUUUUUUUUUUUUUAUGGGGAAGAUGGGUCUUUGCAUAGUUUUUAUUUAAUUUGUUUACAUGAACUGCCAUGAGAUUUUAGUAGCAUUUUCAUGUGUGGACAACUAGUUGUAGCAGAAGGUAGUGUACAUAUAUCAUUAGAAAAUGGCCCUUAUGAGCUAGAUGUACUAUUAUGUACAUACACAUUAUGUACAGAAGUCUUCAAUACUGAUAUAUAUUUUUAGUGUUCAAGUGUCUGUAAUUUUGUAUUUAUGAAGUUUUAUAGUAAUAAUAGUGUAUCAUGGGGAUUACCUCUAAGGUUUUGUCACUCUGAACUGAGAAAUCUUUGGUGCAGUCAUUGUUACAUACAUUCCAAGCUUUAAUUGCUUCAUGCUUACUUUUUUCAUAUUGUAUUCAGAAUCAUGUUUAAUUAUUAAAGAAUAUGAAUUCUUACAAUAAAUCUGUUCCAAAGAAUGAGUGAAGAAAUUUGCUAUACAUAUAAAGUAAAUUAUUAAAGCUUAUCUUUUUGUUACAAGAUUUGAGACUUGAAGAUGUGAUGCAUCUUGAAAGUAUGUUCCAAACUCUUGUCAUGGUCACACAGUGAUCUUUAAGGUUUUAUACAAUACAAUAAAUGAUUAUCAUGUGUAUUAAUCUUUUAGACAAAAAAUGUUACCUCUCCUCCUUUCAUGAUUUUUGAAAAUAUGCUUAGAAAAAUAAGGCAAUUUUAUUUUUAGAUGGUUUACAUAUCAUAUGUAGUGCAUUGCUUUUGUUGAAAAACUAGCCUGUACUUUGGAAGUUAUUAAGACUUUGAAGUACAGGUAUGGAAUUUUUACAUUCAUGAAUUAACUCUGGAAUUGUAGAAAAAUAAAAAAUUGUUACACGAUUUUAAAACUUUUGCCUUGUCAUCUUAUUCAUGAAACAUUAUUGAGAGAGAGAGAGAGAGAGAGAGAGAGAGAGAGAGAGAGAGAGAGAGAGAGAGAGAGAGAGAGAGAGAGAGAGAGAGAGAGAGAGAGAGAGAGCUAUGCCUUUCAAGUGGAGAAUAUCUUCUAUGCAUGGGUGAAUGGUUGGAUGAACAUAAUUACAAGGUUUGCCAUAUAGUGGCAUUUGUAAGAGAGCAGGGGUUCCAAGACAGCACCUUUCAUGUAAGGAGUUGCUUGAUCUUUCAACUGUUGUGUGAACUGAUACUCUUUUCAACUCUCCCUUGGCUGAACAUAUAGCAUAGCCGAGUUCAUAUUCCAUCGUUUCUUUCUUUUCUUACAUACAGAUACGAUUUUUAAUUUUACAAAAAAUAGUUUGUGAUGGAGCUAGCAGUCCUGAUGGUUUUGAAGUAAAUAUUUAUGAUAGAGUAAUUCAUAUUUUAUGUUUAUGAUACCGUAAUUCAUAUUUCAUUAAGGAUAAGUAUAGUAUGUACAAUAGUACCAAGAGAGAGAGUGAACUGAAGCAUGUUUACAUUAAAGCCUAAUACAGUAACACAAAUUCUUACACAAUUUUAUAUUUUAUGCUAUAGUGUACUCGUUUAUAUUUUACUGCAAUUUUUUUGUAAGCAAAUUAUAAAUCCAAUCUAGUUAGUUGGGCACAUACAUACUUAUGCACACAUUCAAUUCCAUGGGAUUGGUGAACUUAGUACAGCAUCUAGGGUUUUGUCUUGCCUACAUAUGAAAUGAGCAUUUUAAAUAUUUUUAAGGUGAUUAGAGAUGAAAUGUUCUUUUGUUGACCGUUGUGUGCUAAUCAUAGUUAGGAUAAACUAAACUUGUAAUAACAGAACAGGAAGUCAAACAG